AAGCAAUCAGAGAGAAAGAGAGAGAGAGAGAGAGAGAGAGAUUCAUAGAAAAAGAGAUUGGCGAUCGAAAAGAAAGAUUGAGAAAGACGUAAAUCGAAGAAGGAUUCCUUCCAGAUCGCAGCAAAAUCGAACUCCUUUCCCUUUCCAAUUCUUCGUUUCCCGGCAAGAAAUCGAAUUCCAAGCCGCCUCUAAUGCUCCCUCACGAAUCUGCAAUAGCAACAAGAGCACCACUCUCAAUCCAAAUUUCCUGUUUCUGAUUGGCAAAAAUGGCGAUCAAGAGGGGAGUAUCGGGUGCGGGCAUCCACAGGAACCGAGGCGGUGGAUCCGCGUUCUCAAUUGCGGUCCUCGUCCUCUUUUCGCUCCUCGCUCCGUUGAUUUUCUUCGUCGGCCGAGGGCUGUAUAUUUCAGCUCCCAUAGAUGCAGGUGAUACUUUAACUGGUUAUGACAAAGAGGGUAUAGAUUGGAGAGGAAGGCUGGCUUUGCAACACGUUAAAUCCCUCCUCUCAAAAGAGGUGAUUGACAUUGUUAAAGCCAACACAAAUGAUUUGGGGCCAUUGAGUCUUGAUUCUUUCAUAAAAAACAAUUUGUCUGCUUCUUGGAAAGUUGUUGGAAUAGGACCUUCACUGGAGGAUAAUGCCACAUCUGUUGAGCCAAACCGAAUAGCUGCAAACAUCAAACAUGGAACCCCUAGAGGCAAACUGGAUGAUACUUCUGGUGAUGAUCAUUUUCAAUUUUAUGAUACACCACGAAGGCAAUUGAGAGAGAAAAGACGCGAAAUGCGUGCAGCUGAGUUGGUAAAGCAUGAUGAUGAUGUAAAUAUAAAGCUUGAAAAUGCAGCUAUUGAACGUACCAAAUCAGUUGAUUCGGCAGUUUUGGGUAAAUACAGCAUAUGGAGGAAAGAAAAUGAGAAUGAGAAUACUGAUUCUACAGUACGCUUGAUGAGGGAUCAAAUUAUUAUGGCGAGGGUAUACAUAAGCAUUGCAAAAAUGAAGAAUAAACGUGACUUGGCCCAAGAACUGCAGAAUCGGAUCAAAGAGAGUCAGCAUGUUGUAGGGGAGGCAACUACAGAUGUCGAUUUGCCUCGCAGCGCAUCUGAGAGAAUCAAAGCUAUGGGUCAAGUGCUCUCAAAAGCUAAAGAGCAACUCUAUGAUUGCAAACUGGUCACAGGAAAGCUGAGAGCAAUGCUUCAAUCAGCAGAUGAGCAAGUUAGGAGCUUGAAGAAGCAGAGCACAUUCCUUAGCCAGUUAGCAGCCAAGACCAUUCCUAAUGGAAUUCACUGCUUAUCAAUGCGCUUAACUAUAGAGUAUUACCUUCUUCCACCAGAGAAAAGAAAGUUCCCUAGAAGUGAGAAUUUGGAGAAUCCAAAGCUUUACCAUUACGCGCUUUUCUCUGACAAUGUCCUGGCUGCAUCAGUUGUUGUCAACUCAACCAUAAUGAAUGCUAAGGAGCCAGAGAAACAUGUGUUUCAUCUUGUUACUGAUAAGCUGAACUUUGGAGCUAUGAAUAUGUGGUUCCUGUUGAACCCUCCAGGAAAAGCAACUAUUCAUGUUGAGAAUGUUGAUGAAUUUAAGUGGCUUAACUCAUCAUACUGCCCAGUCUUGAGGCAGUUAGAAUCGGCUGCCAUGAAGGAGUACUAUUUUAAGGCAGAUCAUCCCAAUACACUCUCUGCUGGCUCUUCUAACCUGAAGUACAGGAACCCAAAAUAUCUUUCAAUGCUUAACCACCUUAGGUUUUAUCUCCCAGAGGUUUAUCCCAAAUUGGAUAAAAUCCUAUUUCUUGAUGAUGACAUUGUUGUCCAGAAGGACUUAACAGGAUUGUGGUCAGUUGAUCUCCAUGGAAAAGUGAAUGGUGCUGUAGAAACCUGUGGUGCAAGCUUUCACCGUUUUGACAAGUAUCUUAACUUUUCAAAUCCUCAUAUUGCAAAAAACUUUGAUCCUAAUGCAUGUGGGUGGGCAUAUGGGAUGAACAUCUUUGAUCUUAAGGAGUGGAAAACAAAAGAUAUCACUGGAAUAUAUCACAAGUGGCAGAAUAUGAAUGAAGAUAGGGUACUAUGGAAACUUGGAACUUUGCCUCCCGGACUGAUGACAUUUUAUGGGCUGACACAUCCGCUUGAAAAGUAUUGGCAUGUGCUUGGUCUGGGGUAUAAUCCAAGCGUUGAUCGGUCAGAAAUUGAGAAUGCAGCAGUUAUACACUAUAAUGGAAACAUGAAACCUUGGCUAGAAUUGGCAAUGACAAAGUACAGGUCAUACUGGACCAGGUAUAUCAAGUUUGAUCACCCCUACAUACAGAGCUGCAACUUAAGUGAAUGAAGGGGAUGUUAGAUUAUGAAGGUACCACAAAAUGCUCCCCCUCUUUCCCUUUUUAGUCACUUCUGUUAGAUUUAGUAUUAGGAGAAGGGUGAGGUUUACCAAUGCUCUUCUGUUUUCCCCUUUCCUAUAUUCUUCAUUGUUUUUUAAUUGUGUAAUUCAAAUUUAUUCGUUUUUCAUCAAUCUUCCUCUGGAAAUUAGGCCCGCUAUUAACAUGUAACAACUGCUGAUUUGGACAAGAAAAGUAAACCUCCUACUUGAGGAGUCAAAUUUGUAUUCUAUAUUCUUUGAAUGACAGCACUUGCAUUUUGUAACGUUUCAAUUUUAGUGAACCUGGAAAUAUGGAUCAAGUGAUUGGAUUAGCCUUUUCAUGAUGUUGGUUGUUCAUAUGGUACUGGUCACUGAUUGUAUGACCUCUGUUUGUAAAUAAAUCUCACCCUCAGUCUUUGCCACA